GGAAGUCUAACUUGCCAAUCUGAAAUGUCAGGAAGCAAGGUCAUGGUUACAAUGUCAUGUUUAUAUUUAGAUAGUUAGGGGAUACGACUGAAAACUGUUCAGGAACAUGGCAGACGGAAUGCCUACGUGCAGAUAAUUUGCGAUGGCUGACCUACAUAUUCGAUGCAUUUUGAAUGGGCGGGUGAUUACAGAUGACCCCUUACAUAUUGUUGUGGAUGGCUUUUUUAACGAGGGGUAUUCUGAGGGAGGCUCUCGUGAAGCAGGGGCAAUACUUGCAUGUCUGCACUGGGAUGAGUCUGAGGAACUAAUGACAUCAACAGUUACGUUAAAUCCGACUAAAGAGACCAACUCUGUUCUGCUUGAGGAGGGGUUUUGCAAAAAAGUCUUAGGGGAAAGGAAUCAUGUGUACUCUUUUGUCAGUGAAGUGUAUAACAUUUUUAAAGCUAGGCUGGUUGCAGUGAGGUCCCAACCUCUGCAUUUUAUAUUCCGCCAUCCGGGAAGGACACUUUUUGUCGAGAGAUCGGAUGAAUUUAUCACAUUGCUUGGAAAGUUUGUAUCAAACUGCGUUUCAUCGAUGCCAGACAUCAAUGUAACACUGAAAUCAGAUGAACAGUACACAUUGCCCUGUACCACAUUUUGUCACAGCUUCAAUCCAAGCGAAGAAAGACUGGAAGGCCGAACCAUAAGUGCUCCAGGUACAUCAUCACCACAGCAACAGCCAUUCGCAGAUAGGUUUGCUUUGAUUGAGAAAGAAAUGUCAAUCCAGAAAGAACUCAUAAAAAAGCUAGAUUUUGUUCAAAAGGAACAAAACAAGAAAGUUACAGCUGCACUAAUACGUGUCUUCGACUUGAUGGUAGAUGACAACAUGUUAUCCCUGACUCUGGUAGAGGAGGGGACUCCUGAAGGGGGUGAAACCUGUGGAGUCCUAGUGAAAAACAAUGUGACAAAACAUGACACCGAUACUAUUCGGAAUGCUAGUGUAGGUGAAAACAUGCUAUCCCUGACUCUGGUAGAGGAGGGGACUCCUGAAGGGGAUGAAACAUGUGGAGCCCUAGUGAAAAACAAUGUGACUAAACAUGACAUCGCUACUGUUCGGAAUGUUAUUGCAGGUGACAUGAGUCCUACUUCUGGUCAUUCAAAUGGCUUGAGGAGCAGCAUACAAAUAGGUACUUUAGUAGAAGACAACGACCAUGGAGAGGAAUGCACAGGUAAUCAGGAGGAAUCGUCGAACAGCGACAGAUCUAAAGAACUUGAUAUAACAUCAGGUUUUACACAAAGCGACGUCAGGGAUACGAAUAAGACAACAAAGCAAUCAGCAGGCAGGCUUAUUGAAAAUGCACUGACAUAUAGAAGAUCAGAAAAGGAAGAUGCUGAUUCGAAAAAGCUACAGAAUAGGGAUAUUGUUUCUGAAGACACUUUUGUCGAGGACAGGCAAAAGGAACCUACAAAUGUGGAACCUUGUGCUGAUACAAAUGCACAAGAGAGAAAUCCCAGUACUGAACUGCCUUGCAAGGGGAGGCGAAAAGAGCAGAAUGUAAACCAGGGACUGGCAUCGAUUGGUGUGCACGAUCUUACAGAUAUGGCAGCAACAAUGAAACGGGAUAUGAGGGAGAAGUUGUCUAAACUGGCCAAGGGGGGAAGCUUCGACAUUACCGUGACCAAGGAAGGUUCACUUGUCAGAGAUCCUUUUACAGAGAGUAUACGAGCAAUGACAGAGUAUCGGGGUCUCCUUGAAGACAUUCCUGGAGCAACUAGGUUUUGGGAUGGAAUGAUGGGUGCAUAUGAAAAGGCAAUGUCAAAUGUUUCGGAAGGCAUUCCAAAAGCACUUGCAUUAGACACUGUUCUUUGUCUUGAUACAUCCGGCAGUAUCAGCGGGGAUGCAAUGAAGGAACUUAAGAAAACUGCUCAUGAGCUGAUCGAUGGAAUUGAGGAAAUCGCAGAAGAACACUCUAUUGAGGAAAAUGUGGCUCUCGUUACGUUUGGAGGCACAGCGAGAAUUGCCCAUCACCUUACAAAUGACUAUGAAUCUUUGCGGGACUGCAUAGAAGGACUGGAACCUCGAGGGACAUCUCCUCUUCUCCAAGGCCUCAUCGUAGCCCUUGCAUGUCUCACAAGGGGUGGAAUUUGCAACUUUAGCGGGGUUAAAACGCCUCCAAGAAUAAUUUUCAUCACUGAUGGUUUGGUUACGGUAGAAUGUGAGGAACACACUCAAGAUGCAAUUGAUCCAUGUGGGCAGGCUAAGCUAUGUGUGAUAUCCACAAUCAGUGAACUAGGAAAUGAUGACUUCAAAUCUGCUGUCGCUGGACCGAUCGUGUGGAUUCCUGUUGGGAAUGCAGAUAUGAGUUUCCUGAAAUCUAUUUCGUCAUUGUGUAAAGGCGAAUUGGUAGAAAGGAGAAAUAUGAAGAGGCUCACUAGAUACCAGCGUAUCAGGAGACUAAGCAGUAGUGUUCUCACUUGUGUGAGAAGUGAAGAAAUUGAUCCGGCCGAUUUCCACAGCAAACUCGAUGUCAUCAUCGAUGCCAUGGCUAACGAUAUAUCAAUAGAAGAAAGGGACGAGGUUGAAGCCACUGUAAGGGAACAACUGUGCCGAGUGGAGGUUGACUUAGGUGCUACACACGACUUUAACAACAUCGUAGAAUACAGUAAUCUACCACCUCUUGGAACAAGAGUAGAACGCGGCCCUGACUGGAGGUGGGGAAAUCAAGACUCUGACGGACCCGGCACUGUUAUCAACCAUGGACAAUCUGCAGAUUCUCUGUGGGUUAGGUGGGAUAAUGGACACAGCAAUGUGUACAGGUAUGGGGAGGAGAAUGCCUUUGAUGUCCUGAUUGCAGACUAUCUGCCGCGUGGAGUGGAGGAUAAUAGAAUCAACAUUGGUGUCCAAGUAGAAAGAGGAUCGCACUGGCUGGACGCCUAUCAAGAUCAAGAUGGUGGCCCCGGAAGUAUAGGCACUGUCAUACGUAUACGUGGCCACAAAGUGAAGGUUCGUUGGGAGAAUGGAGAAACGUUUGACUACAGCUAUGGGGAAAAUAACAGAUUUGAGCUGAAACUAAGAGAUCCAUUCUCUCGCCAACAAGUGCAGGCCCCGGAAACAAACGCUUCCAGGUGCUCUACUGGACACUCAAGCAGAGACACGGAAGAUGACCCGGGUGGGCAAUAUGUGUGGCAGAGAAGUGAUGAUGGAACAAAGUGGCACAACUAUUCAGAGGAGGAAGACACCAAGCUGAAGAAGGAGUAUGAGAAAAGGAAGACUGGUUCAUGUCUACUGACAAGAAAUGCUGAAAGUUUCAGAGUUUCCUUCAAAACUAACACCGAGAGGUCAGUGACGAACAAGACGACAGCACUUAUCAGAAAAGGAUAUGUGGACAAAUGAUUCAGAAAAUAGAAGAUGCAAGACAAUACGUGCAUAAGGUGCUCACAAUCAAAGAAAUACUUUACAAAACAUAUCUCUUUAUAAUGUAAUGAUUCAAUGCAAGGAAGCAAAACAUCUAUUUUGUAUUAUGAAAAAUUAAGGUUAAACGAAAUGCGUGGCAUGAUUGGGAUGGGGUUGGGGUUAAUGCAUUGGCCAUUAUAAUGACCUCUAGUUGUCCAUAUGGCAGAUGUUUCAUGACUGCAGUAGCAAUUCCACCAGUUUCAAAAUAAUAUUAACGACUAAAUGAAUCUUAUAUAUCACCUCUUAUGACAUAUGUAUGCAUCUGUGGCCAAGUGGGUGUUGAAGUGCAAGUGAUGUCUGGUCCUGACAUGAAACGUUUCUGGUCGACGUUUAUGCUAGAUAUGUCUUCUAAUCGCAUAUAUUAUGUUUCUCCUUCAAAUUGAGUUCAUGAAAUUGUUUCCUGGACCAGGUAUAUCACGGGCACUGGGGAAUCGUAAUUUACAUAAAAUAUUUUUUUUAUUUUUUUUAUUUCACUGACUGAUAUUUGACUUGGAAGUGAGAAAUGAGAGUUAGGCGGUUAGUAAAACCUCCGUGCAUGUGAAAACAAGUACUCUAUGGUUCUGGCGAAUGGUUCGUGGUCUUGUAUCGAUUUGGAUAAAUGGCAGUGGUGACCAUGUCAAUUCCUGAUCGUGAGAACACGUUGUUUAGCCCAUAGUUGUUAAUUAUGUGUUGUCUAUAUUUCUAUCAUUUAAUUCAUAAUAAUUAUGGUAAAGCUACAGUACAAAAAGAUUUUGCUCAUAUCUCUACUGUUAUUAAGCAGUCACUAGCAACUUACCCUUUGUUAAUGUUUUGCAUCUUGUAUUAUUAUUUUGAUAUUAAGUUAUUUUGUAUGUUCUGAACCAGAGUAAUGUGCAACCAACUAUAUGGUUGUAGAUAACUGUCUAUGUCAGUUACAGUUGGUAUAUAGAUUAUUAUAUUAGAUGUGAUAAUGUUCACAGGACCGUUGUACCCACGAGGUCAAACUUUUAAUAAAGAACCAACAGAUCGGA